GUCACAUCCUAGCGUGCCUCCACCACAGCUCAGCAGAGAGCCGAGCAGUCAUCACCUCCAGCGGACAGCUGCUGUGGACAGAGGACCCGGAGGACGGCUGGACACAUGCUCCAAACAGCACAGCAGCGCCAGCCUGGCCACCGCUGACCGUCUCCGAGCUGCUUUACUCGUCCUGUCCUCGGUUUUUGUUUGUUUCUUCGCAUCACUACCUCCCGAGCAUCAGGAGAUGGAGGGAUGAUCAAUACCGACUCCCCCCCACCGUCACCUCCUCCUCCCCCUGCUCUUCUCCUACCUCCUCCUGCUGCUCCUCCGCUCGGUCUUCGUGUCUCCCAUCAGCCGUCGCAGCUCUGCCCAGGAUGCGGGCUUCGCUGCGGGACCAGGCUGUGGUGUUUGCGGCCCUGAUGGCGCUGACCACCUGCCUGCCAGGCUCUCAUCUUUGCCCACGGAGUUUAGAUUGUGCCCGGGCUGGACGACACUUCUGUCAGCUGGGCAGCUCUUCCUGCGGCCCCUGCCUACACCCUCUGGUGGAGAACUCCUUUGGUCGCUGUGUGGUCAAGAGGAGACAUGCUCCUCACACUGCUCCAUCCAGUAAAGGUAAGGUUGGCACUUAUCCUCAGCUUGAUGAAGAGAUUGACUUUCUGUCUGCCAUCAUCAAUGAGCAGAGGACUUCAUCGAGGCUGCCAGCUCCACCGUCUCAGGAUGUCACAUCCAAGCAGCUCAGCGACCCCAGCUCUACCCCCAGAGCACCUCUGACAGAGCAGCCCACCAACCAGAGCUUCCUGUUUACCAGCACAGCUCCAGCCACCACCACAGCAAACCACACCCCUGCUCUGCUGAGUGAUCCCAUCAUCCUCCCCUACCCCUCUGAUGACCAUGUCUUCAUCAUCAUGAGUAGUGUCUUCAUUGUGGCUGGUUCUCUGGCAUUGAUCAUAGCAGCAGCCUGUUGGGUCAGAUUGCAGAAAGGUGCGCGUCUAACUCAGAAGUUGGACUUUCCUACAUAUGGACUGAUGUCAGCCCAUACCUUUGACAAUUUGCCUGGGGACAAGAAGCUGGCCCACAGCGCUCAGAUGUACCACUACCAGCACCAGAAGCAGCAGAUGCUCUCCUUUGAUAAACACAGGGAUGAGCCAAAAGUUCCUGACUCAGGAGCAUCGACAGACGAGGAGAAUGAGGAUGGAGAUUUCACAGUGUAUGAGUGUCCUGGACUGGCACCAACAGGGGAAAUGGAGGUGAAGAACCCACUGUUUGACGACUCCACCCUUUACAUGCAGCGAUUCCACAAGUAAACUUUGACCUUAAGAUGUUCUCAGACUCUGCCGUGCUCUGUCCAGCCCUUUUACUCGACAGGAUGGAGUGACUAAAAUACAGGGAGGAGAGAGAGGUUUAGGAGUGCGGCACUCUCUGACAUUCAAAGGACGUGACUGUGCUGUUUUGGAGUAGGACUGACCUGGGACCAUUGUAACCCAUCCUACAACCAUGUUAUGUCCUGCUGUAUGUCGUCUCUCUCUUUUUUUGCUGAUUUUGUUCAGAGCAAACAACUUCUUCUGGUCAGGUAGCAGACACAUAUUAAAUAUAAUGUCCUGUGCAGAGCCCAGUACACAGACCAUUUUCUGAUGCUAUCACACUACAUUUAGGUAUUUCUGUCUGGUCAUUCAUAACUCUUCAUGGAUUUAUUUAUUGAUCAGUAUGUGCUCCUUUACUUGUAGAGUCAUCACUCCAGGCUUUGUUUUUAUUUCCUUCUAUGUAAACUCUUGUUCAUGACUGUGUAUAUAUUUAUAUAUAAAAAGGAUCUUUUGGGUUCUGUAGUUUGUGGGGUGGGGACCUCUGUGGAUCAGGUCUAUGCCUGAUAAGAUGGAAAACUGUUGAGUUUGGAGGCCGGUCAACAGACCUUUUUCUCUAAAUGUAUUCCUCAAGCUGUUCCUGUUUUGCUGUGUGAAAUGGCAGACAGCAGAGUGGACACUGCUACUGUCUCCCCCGUACACUGUACAUGGGGGAUGCACUAUCCACAGUAAGUGCCAUUGUAGUAGGGGAAGGUGUUUGUCAACAGCAGUGUUUAGGUGGACAUCCAGAUAAAGGGAAGGACCCAGGGUUUCCCAGCAGAGCAUUGCAUUGCAACAAGAUGAUGUCAUAUUGUCAUUUGUCCUAUCAUCCCACAGUUUGGCAUGUCCUGAUGAGGAUUAUUUGCCCCCAGUCCAAUCCGAGUCAUUUAGUAUUGAGUGUCUGCCAGUGCUGAGUCCCAGUCUAAUACCAUUUUCCUACAUGAUGCAGUUACACAGUACACACACAAAGUGUUAAAGUUUUUGAAAACAAUCCGAUGUACAUGCUUGACAAUUGAAUAGCCUUCCAGUGCAUUAAGAAAAAUAAUGCCUUUAUCCAAGCUGUUCUUAAAUGUUACUUUUAUUUUACAAAUAACUAAAUCUAUCAAAAUAAAAUAUGUCUCAGUAGUUCUUAUCACAAUUACAUAUAGUGCUGCUUUAUCGUAGGAAAAUUAGAACACUUAAAAUGACGAAUACAAUCCCAUUUUUGCUUCAUUGGUGUACUAGAUUACAGUUAACAUUCAAACUAAAAAAAGAAAUUUUGAUUUCAGUCAAAAUGGUCGAGCCAAUAGGAGUCAUAUCUUAGAAAAGAUGUGACAUUUAGUCAGGAGCCUUGUUGUGAAAUUCAGGUACUGCGGAAAAACCAGUGAUUUGAUUUGAAGAAGGAGCAAACAGAGGCAAAUGAUGGCUUCUCAUACAGAAAGCUCCAUAGACGAGGAAAACGUCUUAUUCUCAACCACAGCGAUGAAUUACAUUCUCUUCAAUCUUUGUGGCCUUGUAGCUAUCAUGAGAAAGUUUUAAAAAUAAUACUCCAUGGUUUGUUGCUUUGGUGGAGCCCUUGCUGAGCUGCCUGAAUAAACCUGCUGUUUUCUGGUCAGUGUUUACUUUUCAAGUGCCAUAUUGGUGGUAGUAUUGAAUGCAGAUGUUACAAGCAGCUUAUUUACUGUUCUUGUUGUUCAAUUUUAAAACAUGUCCACACUCAAGCACUAGUAUUUGGGGGGUUCUCAGACGUGAAAAUGGCAGUGUCAGGCAAGUAGUCAAGUCCAGGUUUUGAAGAUAUAUUUGACCUGUUUUAUUUGUAGCCUGAUGCAGCUAGCUUUGCAUAUUAAAAGGGAAGCAGAGAGAAUCCAUACACUAGUGCAUAACAUAGCCUUCUACUAGAACAGAAGAGCCAAAAAAAUCUUCAUUGGGCAAAGAAAUGACAAGACAAAGGUCUGUGUAAAGCUGACUGUCAUGCUGAUGUUGAGGACAGACUUUCUAUUUGACACUCCCAACGUAUUCUCAUAAAGGAAAUUGAUAUUAUAGAGAUCAGACAAUUUCUGCAGAAACUGUGUUUGCAUAUAAUUAGGAAAUUUCAAAAUCUCAUUCACCUCAUUUACAGUUCUAAUGAAGGCCUGGGACCCUUUCAUGAUUUGAAGCUAAUAAUUUAUUCAUACUAGGCUAGAAACAUAGCAGCAGAAUGAGCAGCCAGUCAGACGUUCCACACCUCUGUGCCAAUGAGACAAACAGGAAACUUUUUUCCAAUGAAGAAGGAAACGCAAGUACAUUUUGAAAGAACGUUACACCCAGUUUCAGUGACAUGGUUGCAGCGUUUGAACUGCUCUGUUAUAUUUAAUCUGCCAAGAAACAUGGUGGAGUUAUGUGAUGACCGGUGUACGUUUGUCUGUCUGUGCACAACGAAAUAACGGAUUUAAAUGAAAUUUUCAGGGAAGGUCAGAAAUGACACAAGGAGCACCUCAGUAGAUGUUGGCAGUGAUGCAGCUUAUAGUCUGGAUCCACAGAUUUGUUAAAGGUUUCUGUAUCAUUGUGGGACACAGCAUCACUGUAACUGUUACAACAAGUGAACACUGCAUCAGCUGCCUGCUGACGAUCACAUGAUUGUAAUCACAUGACAAAUCCACCACUGCAGACUUACAGUGACUUAUCUGUUGACAUGAUACAAGGAACAGUCGAUUAAAUUGUGGGGGUGUUUCUGAGUCCCAUCAAUUCCCGCUGCCAUAUUUAGGUGAUGCGAUUCCUUAUCCAUGCAUAACGUACACAUGCACAACACACGCCUGUGCUCAGCACGAGGUCAUUUUGUUUGUGGGUACAUCACCGGUCAAAAGUUUGGACACACUUUCACAUGUUGCCAUGAUUUCUGAUCAUCAAUAGCUAAUAAAAAUAAUGCUGCAUUUCUGCAACAAUAUGCUGCAUUUCUGAUAAUGCCAUAAGAGGUAAUGAGCACGCUUGGCAGAGUACUGCGAUCUAUGAGUGCUUUUCUUGGAGUUUAAUUUUGCCAUAGCUAAUGUGGACUAUACAUUAUACCAUGUACACUCUAGUGUAAAUGUAUUGGGUGCAUCCAGCUGAUGCUAAAGCAGUCUAAUCCAACCUACCGUUGUCUCUCUAGAUUUCAUUUCAGUGGUCUGCAAUGAAUGAAUAAAUAUAGCAAAUAGUUGAAACACUUGAUUUUAAUAUGGAUGGAACUGUCACUGUUAGACUUUUACAGAAGCUGUUUUUGUCACCUGGCUGGUAUAGGCUGCAGAGGACUAGAUGUGCACAAGUACCUGUCUGUAUGUGGUCAUAGUACCCCACUGCAUGGGUCAUAGAAUUACCUUAAUGCCCACCUGACUCUUCAGCUCACAUGAAAGUGUGUGGCAGAGAAAACUCGACAUAACUGUGGCCUCUCGCUGUCAUCUCUCAGGAAAGCUGCUCUCUGUAGCUCCUCUACAGCCUGCUCUCAUAGUUUUAGCCCUAUCAGCUUUCACACGCACGAGUGUUUUUAUGUAAAUAAAUAUCUACAGCUGAUACCAGGGAAUAUUGACUCUUGAAUUCUUGAACUCUGUUGUAAAAACAGUUUUAUCCAAAUACUUUUGAGCUUCUGGAACAACAUGAUGGAUAUUUUAUUGGUGGAGAGAAUGGGACAUUAUCAGAAAAGAUGCAGUUCUAAUGUUCUUUUCCCUUUGUUUUUUAAAUGUCACAUAGCUCUGCUUUCCCUUUAGCACUGAUGAGAGCUAAACACAAACUUAGCUGGUGGUUUUCUUCUGCUUAUCCUCUCUGAUGAUGAAUUAGUCUCAUGAAGGAAAUGUAGAACUGCCUUUGAUACGGACUGUUUUCAGGCUGUAUAUGAGUUCUAUACACUAAAGAGAACUUCUUUACCAGCAUGUUUAGCAUGUAUGUGGAAAUGCCGGAGCUGAAAUGAAAGAAAAAUAAAUAUUUCUACAUUCUGAAGUGAAA